ACCAGGCGUGCUGUUCGGGGAGGAGGCCGGGCCAUCGCGUCUGCUGGCGCGGGAGCCGGAGCGAGGGGUCACGUUUGCACUGAGCAGGGAUGGCUCGGGAUCCCGCUUGGAGGAGGGGGCGGAUGAGGGAUGCUCGGAGGGGGUGAGGAGGCGCUUGGGAGUGCGGUAACCGCCAGGUGUAGCGAGCCUGGGGGUCAGGGGGGAUUUCUGGGCGCGAUGGAAGGCAGCGCUGAGGGCGGGAGUCAGAGGUUUGGCGACAUGGCCGGUGUGUUGUUUAUCGGCGUUCAUAAUGGCGGCGGCGGGAGUCGAGGGGCGGAAAGGAGGGCGACUCAUGGCAUUGCGACAGCAGUCGGGAAUCUGCAAGCAUGAUGGCACCAGCCAGUGGAGCGAUUCGAUAGCCUCAGAGACCGUGCAGGUUGGGGAGGGGAGGGGCGAGGAGAGAAAAUGGGUAGUGGGAUGGGGAAGCAAGAUGCUCGCUAGUUACGGAGUAGCAGCAGCAGAGUGGAGGAGAGCAAGACGAAAGACGAAGGCACAGAAUCAUGUUUGGGCAAAACAUCCCCGCCCAAUCCGGCUAGUGGCGCCGCCCCUUUCACCGCAACUGUGUGUGUUGCUGUCUGUCUGUCUCUCUUCCUCUCCCUCCCUCCCCUCUACAUUCCUCACCCGCGACCAUUCCCGACUAUCCGGGUGGCUUCAGAUCCCCCAGAUCGUCCGUCUCGCCUCUCCCGUCAGCCUCAGUGAGUGGUUGGCAUGGGCUGAUGCGGCCUGCGACCAUGGGUGAAGUCGGAGCUGGGCUGACUCAGCGAGGCAGCGAUC